AUGUCGAACGACAAGGACGAAGGCAAUCGAAGAAGGAAGAGAGACAAAGUGUUGGAAUUGUUGGAACGGAUCACUCGGCAGAAAAAGAGAGGUGUAAGAGCAAUUGAACAAAGAGACAUGGUACAAGACACUGUCGAAUCAGAUGAACUUUCCGCUGCAAGGUCGCUUAAACUUCAAGCUGAACGAAUGCGUUUGGAAGCCGAACGCAUGGAUGCUGAAUUAACCCUCACAAAGAUUGCAAAGCUUGAACAAGGGUUGACGCAAGCAAAAGCCAAAGGUGAAUCAGUCGAUGAUAUGCAAUCGCAACUCCAUAAUGUACAGGCAAAGCUCCGAGGCAUUAAAGAUGGGCAAACUUCCACAGAGGUUAUCGAUGCCCAAUGCAAAGCGACGGUUCAAGAACCUGUCUCAAGUGCUGCAUCAUUGGCGAAAGACAAAUCCCUCGAUAUUGGAUUUGAUGAAUCUCUUGCACUUGUUCAGGAGUCACCCGAAUUCAUGAAAACCGUUAUUUCAGAUAUUAUGGAAAAUGAUGGGAGCAUGAAUACUUCACAAAUUGCACUGCAGCUGAACUCUGUCAAGUCUCGUCGAGACAGCAGUUCUUUGAGCAAACGAAAUCUGUCAUAUACACAAGAUGAUAUUGAUGAAAAAAUAAGAAAAAUCGAGCAUGAUAUUGAAAAUGACCCUUACCCAAAGCAAAUUCUUGAUAUUGUCGGCAGGAACCUAACACAACUGGCACUUUUCUCUCUGGAAUUGGAUGACUAUAUUAAAUCAAGCACGAACAAUGAUGUGAAUCUCAUUCCAGAUGGGCCAAAACGAGAUGAUCUUUUUUCGCUCGAUUCGACUAAACAAACAUCGCUGGAUAGGUCGAUCGACUCCCUCUACCCGAAAUGCAUGCGCCGUGAAGAUAUGAUAGAGCCGACGAUGCUCCAAGUACGGUCGUUGAUUGUCAAUGUUCUCCCCAAUGCGAAGUUUUUAAGCACUUCAAAGGCCGAAAAGGUUCACGGGGGCUACGUGAUCAGAGGGCAUCAUAAGUGGGAUACUGGCGAGGACCUCAUCGAUGCAAUCGAUGCUGAGCUUGCAAAGGAAAACUUGGGAGACAAGAUGACAGUUCUUUAUUCUCCCGACUUCACAGUUUUCUCUCGAAGUGAAGAGAACGAUGGAGAUUUCGAUUUGUUUGCUGGAGAACAACCCGCUCCAAUACUGUAUGUGACAGCACCUGAAUUUUGCGUUGAUCGUAAGCGGGUGCCGCUUGCAAUAACUUCAGCUCUUGGUCUAGCAACAUCUUGGUAUCUGUCAGUAUAUCCUUUCUUGCUCAAUCCGUUGGUUGCACAUCGAGUCGAAGAGCAGUUGGCACUAGCAGAUGCGAGCAUGUCAUAUGACUUGGAUUGGCUGACAGAUUUGUCAGCGCCACUCUUUCUUUCGUUUGUGGGGAUUCAAGUGGUACACGAAGUGGCUCAUUCCUUGGUCGCUACAAAAUACGGAAUGAAUACAACAUUCCCAACUUUUGUGCCCUCGCUGCUCACUGGAACAACUAGCUCUGUGACUACCUUCAAGCAGCCCCCAAAGACAAAAGGAGCCAUGUUUGACUUUGCUGUGGCAGGACCAUUGGCAGGUAUGGUAUCUUCAAUCAUUGCCAUCGGAAUCGGUUCCCAGCUUACCGCGACGAGUGAUCCAUCCACCUUGCCAUCCCUCCCCAUCGAAAUACUUCGGCAGAGUUCAGUGGGUGGUGGAAUCAUUGAUAACGUUCUCAAGGGAUCGCUGUAUGUUCCCGAUGGUGCUCCAAUGACGGGAAUACUGAUUUCUCUUCACCCCAUUGCAGUUGCAGGUUAUAUGAGCCUUGUAGUGAACGCGUUGAGUCUGCUACCGAUCGGAACGACGGAUGGUGGAAGGAUUGCAAUGGCAUGGUUUGGACGGCCCUCGAAGCUUGUGAUCGGCAAUAUUUUCAUGACUUCGCUCCUUUUUACCGGGUUGCUAGGAUCAGAUCUAUUCUUAUUUUACUUCUCCUUUGUCAUCGCGUUUCAAAGUGGAAACGAAAUCGCCUGCCGGGACGAAACACUAGAAAUACGAAGUUGGCGGGUGGCAGUAGCGGUAGCUGCCUAUUCCUUAUCCUUUUUGUCUCUGGUUCCAAUUCAAUAG